AGGUGGGACAAUGAGCACAUCUGGUGGGACCCGGAGCGAUUCUGUGGAACCACACAUAUCUUAGUCCCCACCAAAUAUUUGUGGAUGCCAGAUAUGACUAUUGAGGAGAUGACAGAGCAGGACAAAGCCUCUCCAAGUCCAAAUCUCAACAUCAGGAACUAUGGCUGGGUUGAAUUCAGAAAUGACCAGGUGGUGAUCAGCACAUGCAAGAUGCGUGUUUACAAAUUCCCAUUUGACGUUCAGAGCUGCAACAUCUCCUUCAAGUCCAUUAUGCACUCAGAUGAAGAAAUAAAGUUAUUUUACAACAAGAACAAUUCGGAGAUCUCAGAGUGGUCUCGAAAAGCUAUGGAGACGCAAUACGAGUGGCUGUUCGUCAGCAUGACAGUCACAAGCAAAACUGUCAACCAUUUUGGCUUCAAUCAAACAAUGAUUGUUUACACGAUAAACAUGAAGCGGAGGUCUGUCCUCUACAUUGCAAACUUCUUGCUGCCUGUCCUUUUCUUCCUGUGUCUGGACUUCGCCUCCCUCCUGUUGUCAGACACCGGCGGUGAGAAGGUUGGCUUCAAAAUCACCGUUCUGCUUGCUGUCACAGUGAUGCAGCUCAUUCUCAAUGACAUUCUUCCAUCUUCUUCGGACAAGAUUCCCUUAAUAGCGGUUUAUUGCAUUGGGACUUUUGCUCUUAUGCUGCUCAGCCUGUUGGAAACUAUUUUGGUGAUUCAUCUAAUUAAUAGAGACGCGUGGCAGGACAUUGAACAGGACAAGACAAAAGACCCAGUUGAAGGUCAGGAGGAGAAACUCACCAACUCGCACACCUGUUUUAUUGGAAUCAAGACAUGUAGCAGCUGUGCAUCUGUUAGCAAAAACUCAGCUGAUGGAAGGCUUUCUAUUGGAAAAGAGGGCAGCGAGGGCGGAGUUACCGAAGUCUCCAUUGCACUCGAAAAGAUGUCAGAUGAGCUUGGAGAAAUCAAGAAAUCAAUAACUCUUCUCAGCAGCAGACAGGAAGAGGAUAAAGCCGGUUACUGGACCAGAACUGCACAGAAAAUAAACAAGGCUUUUGCAGUUUUUUAUGUCACAGCAGCUGUCCUGUUUUUACUGUUUGUCUCUAUAAUGUGGUAUUCUGCAGAUGAGUAGUGACUAAAUGAACAAAUAGUUAAUUUUUAUUUAUUUUGAACAUCGGCAUGUUUUACUUUUCCGCAUUUUAUUAAUUUCAAGAAGUGUUUGUGUGUUGUCCGAUCAUUUAUUUUUUCCCCACCGCAUAAUUUUGCUUUGCUAAAGCUGGUGAUUUGUGCAACAGUGUUAUUAACCAACUUUUGGCGCCACUGAAAAAUGAUAAACAAGAGAAUGAUUAUGCCUGAAAAGUGGAUUAGUAUGCGUUAUCCAUAAUUCAGCAAAAAAGAUUUGAAAUUUGAAUUAUUGAAUUGUGUGGUUAUAUGUGAAACAUUACUAUAUGCAUUUUUUUAAAAUAAAUACAGAAGGUGUUUAAGAAAUUGAUGGGACAGUCUAAAGUCACAAACACCAUUUUAUGAUAUUACAUAUUGUUCUACCAGAAAAACAUCCAUUUCAUUUGUCUUGGUAAAUUAAAAAUUUUGUGCAUUUAAGCCUAGUCCUAAAUCUGUUCUAUUUGUUACAUAUUGUGCUAAACCACCCGAAAUUUGUGAACCGUUAAACUGAAUAAAUGGUUG